AUGGGUCUACUUACAGAAGGCACGCCUCUCAGCUGGCCGGAAUCCGAACCAUAUCGCGAGAGAGUCAAGAGGGAUGGCAUCGAGCAGUUCUUGCACAUUUUCCACGCGGCCAAGGACUUUCGCAAUCACGAUUUGAAAUGGGGAGACGAAGUGGAGUAUCUGCUCGUCAAGAUGGACAAAAAGAAGAAGAAGGCCACCCUCUCGCUGCGAGGACCCGAGCUGCUUGACGUUCUUCAAAGGGACGAACACUCUCGCCCAGCGGGCUCGUCUGUCCCAGUACUCUGGCGCCCAGAGUAUGCGCGCUGGAUGAUAGAAGGCACACCGGGUCUGCCAUAUCGAUGUUAUGCAGCUGAUUUGGCAAACGUAGAGCUCAACAUGGCUUUGCGUCGAAGUGAGAUAGCUAAGUUGUUGCGGCCGUCAGAAACCGUACUGAGCAUCACCUCAUUUCCGCGCAUGGGCUGUGACAUAUAUACGACGCCCCUAACUGUCCCGUUUGGCGAGGUCGCAAGGUCAUUUUUCACUAGCGAUGAUGUGAUCAGCCCGCAUCCUCGCUUUCCCACUCUCACGAAGAAUAUCCGUCUUCGUCGCGGAGAGAAGGUCCGCAUGGAGGUACCUCUAUUCAUAGAUUACAAAACUUGCAGGGGACAAAGUGUCUUACCCAAGCUGCCCUUUGACUACGGGCUGUUGGAUCAUGCCAAGUCAAACUUCGACAAGGCAGAAGACCUUCAUAGCCCUGAUUUUGAUCUUAUCGAGGAGGGAUACGACGACUACGUGGAGGAGAAGAUUGUUCUCGAUUCCACAGCCUUUGGAAUGGGCUCUGCAUGCCUGCAGGUCACUGUGCAGGGCCGCGACUUGAGCGAGUCCAGGUAUCUCUAUGAUCAGAUGGCUGUCAUGGCUCCGCUCAUGCUCGCCCUUACGGCCGCCACUCCGGUGUGGCGAGGACAACUCGCGGAUACUGAUGUGCGGUGGUCCGUGAUAUCAGGGGCCAUGGACGACAGGAGCCCUGAGGAAUUGGAGGCUGGUGUGAUUACUAAGUCUAGAUACAGCUCGAUUGACUGCUUUCUGUCGUCCCGCGACAGUUUUAAGCCAGAAGAGUACAAUGAUGUCCCCGUGGCGAUUAAUGAAGACGCGUACAAGCGACUGCGAGAAGGCGGGGUAGACCAUAUGCUUGCACAGCAUGUGGCACAUUUGUUCAUCCGGGACCCACUGGUCAUAUACAAGGAGAAAGUGGAUCAGGACAAUGCGACGUCGACGGAUCAUUUCGAGAACAUCCAGAGUACAAAUUGGAACACGGUGCGAUUGAAGCCACCACCACCGGGGACGGACAUCGGGUGGAGGACGGAGUUCCGGUCGAUGGAGGUGGGACUGACGGACUUUGAGAAUGCGGCGUUCUCUGUGUUCAUGGUGCUGUUAUCGCGAGUGAUAUUUGCGUUCAACCUGAAUUUCUACAUUCCGAUUUCGAAGGUGGAUGCGAAUAUGGAGACUGCACACAAGAGGGAUGCGGUGAGGAAGGAAGCGUUUUUCUUUCGGAAGAAUGUGUUCAAGGCAUCGGAUGGGUCAGGAUUCAUGUGUGAGUGUGGACACAUUCACAAUGCAUCGUUGGUAGGAGGGCAUGCCAAAUGCGUAGACAUCAACAAGUUUUGUGCGAGGAGCCAAGGCGGAGACAGUUCAGAUUCUGAUUCUGACCCCUUCGACUUGAUGACGUUAGAUGAGAUUUUUAAUGGCAGGCCAAUGUGUUGGAAUGGGAGAGCAGCUGGAUUUGAGUUUCCGGGGUUGAUUCCGCUGAUGCGUGGGUACUUGGAUGCGCUAGAAAUUGAUGCACCAACCAGGCAGCGUCUGCUCACAUACUUAGAUUUCAUAGCAGAGCGGGCUGCUGGAACUCUGAUGACUAAUGCCACCUACAUGCGUGACUUCAUUUCUAGGCACGGGCAAUAUCGAAGCGAUUCGAUCGUAUCUGACCGCGUAUGCUAUGACUUAAUGCAGACGCUGGAUGGUAUUUCAAAAGGAGAUGAUAACUACCAAUCACGCGCACUGCUCGGACGUUUCCAAGCCGAGGGCAUAUACACACAUACUGAGACCGCUGACACGAUGAUGGAACGCAUGCAGAAAAUAUUUGAAGGUCCCGAAGGCGCACUGCUAUACGGGUCGUCAAUGCCCCGCUCAGCAUUAGAAGAGACCGUCAAAUCCAUAGCGCUCGAAUCGAAAAGCAUCAGACGUUGCAAAUCUUGUUGAGGAAUCGAUUGCUGAUGAAACGGAGGCUGGUGGAUGGUUUCGAUGCGUCUCACAGAAUGUGUAUUGAGCUAUACAAGCGCGUGUCGCGGCAACAUUCGGGAGUGUGAGUUGCUCUGUGUAUCGCCGUGCACAUUCGUUGUAUACUAAGAAGGGCGACGUAUAUAUCAUUGCCCUUUGUAAAAUGAGUCGAAUCCGUUUUGCGGAACGAUGUACCAGCAUUGCCAACGUGUUCGUA